AAAUAUUUGUUUUGUUACUCGCCAAACUUUACUACAAGUGCAGGGACUUGUUAAAGCACAGUUCAAGUAUAGGUACUUGUCAAAGCAGUGUACAAGCACAGACAGCUAUAGAAGAACGAUAAACAUUAGUGAAGGAGGCAAUGCUGGACGAAGACUCUCAACACCAGAGGAUCCCGUUAGUGGACCUGGGGCAGUUGGGUCUGGAACGGGAGACGGAGCCCAGCCAGGAGGUGUGGCAGAGGGUGGCGCAGCAGCUGCAUCAAGCCUUCGCGGACAUCGGCUGCGCUUAUCUCACCAACCACGGUGUUCCCGACGACCAGCUUAGAUUGCUAUACAACUCGGCGGCGGAGUUUUUCGGGCUUGACCAGACCAAGAAAGCUAGCUGCGAGGAAGACCCAAGCAAGCACCGAGGCUACAUUCGCCUGAAGCAGGAGAGAGACGAAGGAACGGAAGAACUCCACGAAAGCUUCAUCGUAGAAACAGCUGAGGAUGUUUUUCCUGACGCAGACGUGCCCUCCUUCAGGUCCUCCGUGCUGUCUGUCCUCGACUCCUGCAGGGUCCUCUCUUCAAGGUUAUUGACGGCUCUAGCCAUCAGUCUCGGCAAGGAUCCGGACUACUUCCAGUUGCUGCACCAGGGUAUGGGCACGAGAGACAGCCCCUCCUGCUUGCGCAUCAACUACUACCCACCACUGCCCAGAAACUUAACUGAGGAAACUACCCGUUUUGUUGCCCAUGUGGACUUCAGUACCAUCACCUUGCUCUUCCAAGCCGACACAGGCGGAUUGCAGGUGCGUGGACGUGGGACGGCGUGGGUGGACGCCCAUCCGGUCCCAAGCGCAGUCCUUCUCUUGGCUGGAGAGUUCCUCAAGUCCUACUCUGACGACAAGUUCAUCGCUCCUGAACACCAGGUGGUCAUCCCGACCGAGGAGCACGGACGGAGGUCUUCCCGAACCUCGGUCGGAUAUUUCGCCCACGCGGACAACCACGUCCCUAUGAAGCCAGCAGGUUCCUCCAGCCCCAGCCGGAGCGAUCCGUCCCUCACCGUUCAAGAGUAUUUCAACGGGUUUGUCCACAAGAGGCUACAGAUAUAAUGAGACGAUCAGUGUCGUCGCCUCCUCCUUACCUUCCUCGUGGCGUCCAGUGCUGCUUGUCACGGAUUGUUGGCAACAUUCGUUAGAACCCGUGCUUUCGAACGGGUAGUAACGUUUAUAUUGUAACGAAAGCAUGAAUUCGAACAUUCGUGCUUUAGUUACAAUAUGAACGGGGAAGGGGGAGGUUAUUGAUGUUAUUAGUGUCAUCAAUAGAAUGAUUGAAUGCUACUUUC